CUUAUGAACUGCAGCUACGACUUCAAUUUCGCCCGGUAUUUUAUUGCAUGCACCUCUAGCAAAUUUGCACGUUUCAUGAAGUUCCCAUAAGAGUGAAAUCGGUGGAUACAUACAUAUUGACAAUGGAAACAAAACUCACGAAGAAAGAGGCACAGAACUGGUUAAAAUGUAUGUUUGCAACAUAUACGACCAGAGAUGUAAUUGCACAAUUAGCCGACCUGGGAUUUAAACUAUUUUACUCACAUGUACGAAGUGACAUGCGUUCAAAACUCGGAAUAGUCGAAACACAGACAUGUAGUAGAUGUAAUAACAUUUCCAAACAAUGCCACCUGUGUUCAGAAAUAGGUAUUCGAAUUUGGGAUAACCAUCGUUUUAAAAAAGCGAGCUUGAAAGGCCCUUCAUGGAGUAAUACGGAUUCAACAAAAUGGUGCGUUGAUCCGUGGGAGUUAGCAAAAUGUUAUAUGCCUCCCACGGGUUACCGGGAUAAGCCAAAUGCCGAAAGCACAGACUUCAAUGGCAUUAUUGGUGCCAUAUACAAUUGUACCUGGAUGCAGUGCUAUUUUGCUGAUGAUCUUAAUAAAGAUUCUAAUAUAUGUGCAGAGGCACGUGAAGAAGUUAAUAAACUACGACACCUACAGGACACGAACAUAGAUGAUGGGGCUAUGAUCAGCUUCUUCGAUUGUCUUUUAAAUCUCCUUAAUGAUCCUGGACACUUACACAGUUUAAAGCCGGCAGUGGAUGCACGCUUGUACCUUAAACAGCUUCAGCAAGACACUCUGCAGUUGUCCGAAAAGGCGGUAAAUAGCACGUUGAAUAAACUUUACGAGGACCAAAAGGAAGAGUUCCGUGAGAGGUUAAUAGAAUUAUACUCGACGACAAAGAAAACUGUGUCUGUUUCACCCCUAAGGGAGGGCCUUGACAAACCCAUCGGGGAUGUCUAUGUAAAACCGAAAAUGAGCCACGUUACAAUAGAUAAAGAUGGAUCUCGAAAGAAAACAGACAAUGCUGUUCAUCAAUACAAAGACUUAUUUUACACAGAUAAAAAGCUAAAUAGCCGUGUUUUUAUUCAAGGGGAACCCGGAGUUGGGAAAACUACAUUCCUUACUAAACUUGCGCUUGACUGGUGUGAUGCAGUGUCUGUGCAUAAUCCUGAUCACAAGGCAACGUUUAUUGAUGUUGACACCUUGAUGGAAUUCCAGUUUCUCUUUUACAUAUCACUGAGAGAUGCGAAUGACCAGCGUGAGGUAACAGAGAUGAUCAAAAUACAAAUAAUCGAUAUGAUUUACACUGGUGAUAAACGUGAAGAGGUCGUUAAGCUUUUAUCACAAAUCAUGGAACAAGAGACAUGCCUCAUAACUAUGGAUGGGCUUAACGAGUGGGUUGAUCCUCUGAAUAAAUGCGUAAUACCAUUACUGGUACCAUGCCAUACAAAAUCCGUAUCUGUAAUUACAUCACGGUCAUGGAAAAUGGCGGAUGAGCGAAUUAAGGAUUCCGAAAUUAAAAAUUUAAUAGAAAUUGAAGGAAUAAUUGAUUCAGAAGACCUAUCAAAGAAAAUAAUAAACAGUCUUCAAACUAGUAAUGUAAAGACACACACUGAAUUCAUAGUGUACGUACACGAACGUCGAUUGUGGCAUUUGUUUACUUCACCCUGGCUGCAAACUCUGUUAGUUAACUUGUGGAUGAACAAUAUGCCAGUUAGUGGUUCCUUGUGUGAAAUUAAUUGUAUUCUUAUCGACAUGCUUUUUAAGAAUGCACAUGCGAAAAAGGGAUAUUUUAAAAAGGGGAAUUCAUUUCGUUGUUUAUUAAAUACACGCUUUAUUCAUCAGCAGAUCAAUAUUUUUGAUGCUCUUGCAAAUGCUGCGUUUCAAUUUACGUUUUCAUCGAACAAAUCGCUGGUGUUCACGGAACGAGAAUUAUUGAAUUACAUGACAGAAGAUCAGUUGUCAUUUUGCCUCAAUGCUGGCGUAUUAACUCAAAGAUACAGCUCCGCCGUGCCGUACCAGUUUUCAUUUAUACACGAGACAGUUCAGGAAUUCAUGGCUGCCUAUCAUAUCGCCAAUUCAAAGAACGACCUCAUAACACAUUUCCGAUCCGGAGCGAAAUAUUAUGUGUUACAAAUAAGUCAGACAAUAAUUUAUCUUUGUGGACUUAAUUGUGAAAAAGCUAAUAAACUGAUUAAACAGUUGGAAGACGACGACCUUCAGAAUUCUAUUAAUCACGGAUUGAGCGAGUAUGUAAAAGGAAUUUAUCCUCAGAUUUUUUUUGGGAUAGACGAUGAAGAUCUAACGGAUAACGACUCAUUUUGCCUCGCACUAGCAGCUUUAUUCCAAGACAUGAUCAUUGCUGGUUAUAUAGAAGCAAAGACAAACGGCGAGAAGAACAUUUGCCUGAACUGUACGGACUUUAUUUUCAAUCCAUAUCUUAAUGAGUCCAAUUCAACUGCAUUAAAGCUCCUUUUAUUGGCCAACAACUCAAAUGUUCGGUCACUUAUUUUAGAAAGUAAUGUUCUUAAAACAAGCGAAAUAAUUACAAUCAUACAAAAAUCCAGACAUUGUCUUAAACGUGUUAGGAUGGCAGGGAAUCCGGAAACUAAUAAAGCGUUAUAUCAAACGAGCAUUCAGGAGCUACAGAUUAGCGGGGAAUUUGACGCACCGUCGUUGCCCGGUGUAUCAACAGAGAAAAUAAUAUACAGAAGAUGUCCGUCUCUGUCUCAAUUGGCGUAUUUGACGUUAUCAUACUGUACCCUUUCGAAAGAUAUAGUUCUUCCCGACACAAUACACAGCAUUACUUUAGUGCACUGUUCAUGCUCGUCAGCGUUUCUACAACGGCUACUAGUGCGCUUAUCGUAUUUAAAACCGUAUGUUCAUGUCGUUUUGGUAAAUAUGGAUGUAACUGAUUCCGAAACUCACCAAUUUCAGCGGGAAUUAUUAUCAAGUGACUUAACAAAUAUCCAUCUAAACGUCGUAUAUGCAUCUAGAGAUCUGUGUAAAUUGAUACAAUGUACAUCUAUAGGAAUCUUAGGAAUCUCAGGCCUGGACACGGCUGGUAGUGACUCAUCAGUAUUAGAGAUUGUUCACACACUCAACAGGCUUUCAGAGCUUCGUUUAUGUGGGACCAAUACAGGUCGAUGCGAUCUCAAGCUGCCUGCUUCCUUACAGAGUAUUAUUCUGCGAGAUGUUGAAUGUUCAACUGAGUGGCUGUGCAGCUUGUUGAUUACACUCUCUUCAUUUGACCAUCCUGUCACCUGUGAAAUGUGGGAGGUUGUAUUGAAGUCAAGUGAACAAAUCCAUGGAGAGGAAUCACUUACACAUAUAUCAGACUUGAGAUCUGAAAUACUGUCACUUGAACUGUCCAAUAUACAGCUUAGAGUGGUAACUGGUAGUAAGGAACUGUUUGAAAUAUUACGCGAUACAAGUAUAGACAUUCUAUACCUUAGAACGGCUGAUUGUGUCUCAUUAGCAUCAGAGAUUCUUCACACGCUCAACAAGCUAACAAAUCUUUUAUUGUGGGGGACCUAUACGGGUCGAUGUGAUCUCAGAUUUCCUGCUUCAUUGAAGUAUAUAACUCUUCAGGAAGGCGAUUAUUCAUCUGACUGGCUGUGCAGCUUGUUGAUUACACUCUCUUCAUUUGAUCAUCCUGUCACGUGUAAUCUGCUGGGUAAUGUAUUGGAGUCAAGUGAAGAAACACGUGGAGAAGAGUCACUUACACAUAUAUCAGACUUGCGAUCUGAAAUACUUUCACUUGACCUGUCAAAAAUAGGACUUUCAGUGGAAACUGGUAGUAAGGAACUGUUUGAAAUAUUACGUGAUACAAGUAUAGACAUUCUAUACCUUAGAACGGCUGAUUGUGUCUCAUUAGCAUCAGAGAUUCUUCACACGCUCAACAAGCUAACAAAGCUUUUUUUGUGGGGGACCUAUACGGGUCGAUGUGAUCUCAGACUUCCUGCUUCAUUGAAGUAUAUAAGUCUGCAAGAAGGCAUAUAUUCAUCUGACUGGCUGUGCAGCUUGUUGAUUACACUCUCUUCAUUUGAUCAUCCCGUCAAGUGUCACCUGUUGGGUAAUGUAUUGGAGUUAAGUGAAGAAACAUGUGAAGAAGAGUCCCUUACACAUAUAUCAGACUUGCGAGCUGAAAUACUUUCACGUGACCUGUCCAAUAUAACGAUUUCAGUGGAAACUGGUAGUAAGGAACUGUAUGAAAUAUUACGUUAUACAAGUAUAGACAUUCUUGACCUUUUAACGGCUGAUUGGGUCUCAUUAGCAUCAGAGAUUCUCCACACGCUCAACAGGCUAACAAAGCUUUUUUGUGGGGGACCUAUACGGGUCGAUGUGAUCUCAGACUUCCUGCUUCAUUGGAGUAUAUAAGUAUGCAGGAAGGCGAAUAUUCAUCUGACUGGCUGUGCAGCUUGUUGAUUACACUCUCUUCAUUUGAUCAUCCUGUCACGUGUCACCUGUGGGGUAAUUUAUCUGAGUCAAGUGAAGAAACAUGUGGAGAGAAAUCACUAACACAUAUAUCAGACUUGCGAUCUGAAAUACUUCUAAUUGAUCUGUCAAAUAUAGCACUUUCAGUGGAAACGGGUAGUAAGGAACUGUUUGAAAUAUUACGUGAUACAAGUAUAGGGAUUCUAGACCUGAGAACGGCUGAUUGUGUCUCAUUAGCAUCAGAGAUUCUUCACACACUUAUCACGCUCACAAGUCUUGAUUUGUGGGGAAUCUAUACAGGUCGAUGCUAUCUCAAACUACCUGCUUCAUUGCGACGUAUUGGUCUGCAGGAAUUAAAAUGUUCAUCUGAGUGGCUGUGCAGCUUGUUGAUAACACUGUCUUCAUUUGAUCAUCCUUUCACGAUUGAUAUGUGGGGUGAUGUAUUGCUGUCAAGUGAAGAAACAUGUGGAGUCUUAUCACAUACAUAUGUAUCAGCCUUGCGAUCUGAAAUAUUGUCACAUGACAUGUCCAAUAUUGAGAUUCGAAUGGAAAGUGGCAGUAAGGAAUUGUUUGAAAUUUUACGGGAUUCAAGUAUAGGGAUCCUAGAUAUGAGAACGGCUUAUUGUGCCUCAUUUGCUUCAAAUAUUCUUCACACCUUAAACACGCUAACAACGCUUAAUUUAUGCGGGACAUAUACGGGUCGAUGUGAUCUCAAGCUGCCUGCUUCAUUUCAGCGUAUACGUCUGCAAGAUGUCGAAUGGUCAACUGAGUGGCUGUGCAGCUUGUUAAUCACACUCUUUUCAUUAGAUUAUCCUGUCAAGUGUGAAAUGCGGGAUGAUGUAUUCCUGUCAAGUGGAGACGUAUCACAUACACAUGUUUCAGAUUUGCGAUCUGAAAUACUGUCACUUGACCUAUCCAAUAUUGAGAUAAUCGUGACAAAUGGCAGUAAGGAACUGUUUAACCUAUUACGUGAUACAAGUAUUGGGAGUCUGCUAAUUGCCGCUGAAGAUUAUUGCUCCUUGGGAACCUUUAUGCUAACACAGUUGAACAAGUUGAAACAGAUAAAUUUGGUUGGAACUUAUUUGACACGAUUUGAUUAUGACUUACCACUAUCCCUAGAGUUGAUGAUAUUAUAUGAGUGCAAGUAUUCAUUGGAAUCGCUAUAUACUAUCUUGAUCAAACUGUCUUCAAUAAAACACAAUGUGAAAUUAGACGUGAGUAACUGUUCCGUGAUAUCUGGACAGGAAGCAUGUCCACCUAGUUCAAAAGAUAACUUACUAAAAUGGGAAUAUUCCAAGAGUGUUAAAACUGGUGUAAAUGAGAGAUUAUAUACCAAUGUGUCCGAUUUACAGUCAAGAAUGAUGGCAAUUAACAUGUCGAACAUUGAACUACGCAUCUUAAAUUUCCAAAAGGAGCAGUUCGAAAUAUUGCGAUGUACGAAUAUUAAAAGCGUGCAUCUUACGGCUUUCGACGAUGUUUCACUAACAUUUGUGACGCAAAACACAUUACCCGCGUUUAAAGAAAUCCGUUUACAAGGGACGUACUUGACAGGGUUUUAUCACAAAUUACCGCCCACCCUUCAAUAUAUGAUUUUAGAAAAAGGAUAUUGUUCAUCAGAUUGGCUCUACAGUUUGAUGAUACAACUUUCGAAGAUAGGUCAUUUAGUGGAGGUGUUAUUAAAUGAGUACCAAGUUUUACAGAGGCGAGAGUCGAUAAGAACAGACUCAGAACCGCCAAUGAGAGGUGCAGAUUUGUCAAACGUUAAGUUGAAUGUAUUAAAGGAUUGUCCUGGGUUUUAUGAAACGUUACCCACAAUACAUAUCACUAGUCUGAUCAUGACGAAAAUAGAACACGCUGACAUGCUGUCGCAGACACUACCUCUUCUCACCCACUUGCAGAAGUUAAGGAUUUGUUUGGAAAAGUGUGAUAUGGAGAUAAAACUGCCAGAAUGUAUUAAGUAUUUGUUUAUUAUUUAUAAAACAUGGUCUCCGCCAUCAUUACAACAUUUUGUACAUAAUAUGUCUAUUAUCAAACACAGUUUACAAUGUAAACUGUUGUUCCGCGUGGCAGAGAAUGAACAUGACUAUACCAGAAUUAAGCAAGAAUAUAGUGAACUAAAAUCAGUUGAUGUUCAAAAGUUUGAAGUUAUAAACAAGCGGGGUUCUGUUCGUGGCGCUGCUGCUUUUACACUUUCUGCUACUGCUGAUGAUGACGAUGACGAUGAUGACAGACGAUUACUCAGCUCUGAGGGAUUAUUUGUUGACUCGAAACCAUGGAUCCAUUACGGAAAAGUUCGACUAAAUAUUUCUUGCCAAGAUAAGUCUGGAUGUAGUUCUUAAACUCGUGCAUUUUCAUAUUCUUAAAUGUAUGUAAAUCGCAUGCCAGAAAUCUGUCCGCUUUCUGAAGCUAGUUUAAGGAAUUCCAUGACUUGACAUAGGUUUUCCAUUAAAUAUCGCAUUGGUAUAUUUUGAUUAACAAACACAAAUUAACAGUCGUCUUCAUUAAACUAACAAUCAGCUAUAAUAAAAAUGAUGAACACAAUGUAUCUUGUUGUUUAGCUCAUUAUAUUGAAGAAGAUUUAUGGAACAGCGAACUGUACAUUGAUGUUAAUUUAUCAACGAUUAUACGUGUUAUCAAAUCUUUAUAAAGUGUGUGUUUAUCGUGCGUCAAACCAUGGUCAUAACCCCGGAAAACAUAGUAAAGAGAGCGGGAGCGAAAACACUGGUCGUAACAAGUUACCAAGACAGCAGCCCAAAGAAUGGUCGUAGACUCGGGUCACCAAGCUCUUACUGGCAUACUAAGGCGGCAGCUCAAAGCACGGUCGACAACGCGAGUUAAAAUGUCAGAUGGCCCCACCUUGGUCGUCUUGCAGUUGAACGAGAGGGCGCAAAACAAUAUGUUUAUCUCGAUUGAACCAGUCAGUAGCGAAAACAAUAGUCAUCAUCACGGGUAACCAAAUCAGCGGGGCGAACAAUUCUAAUAUUCGCAGGUUAACACGUCAGCAGUGCAGACAAUUUUGGUUAUUGUGGGUUACCAAGUCGGCAGCCCAAACAAUGGUCGGCAUCGCGGGUUACUAAGUGAGAAUCGAAGGAAAUGGUGGUAAUGUUGGGUUACAAAAAGUCGGCCGCGCUACCAUUUGUAGUCAACGCGGGUCAUCGAGUUAUCAAAUAAGCAGCACACACCAUUGCCAGCUUCACAUUGUCAAAGAAUCUGCGGCAAAUAUGGUCAUCAUUGCGGGUUUCCAAGUCAAUAACACAAACAUGGUUGUAUCAGCAGUUGUCAAGUCAGCAAUAAAUGGUCCUCAUCACGGAUAACGAGUCACUGGUGCAAACAUGGUCGUAUCGCGGGUUACCAAAUCAGCAAUCUAUGAUCAAGUUACCAAGUCAGCAGCGUAAAUAGUAAUCGUCGUCGUAGAAUGCCAAUUCUGCAUUACUGGUUUAUAAAACAGGAGCGCAAACCAUAGUUGCUAACAGCGUUUCCAAGUUAAUUGUGCCAAGCAAGGUCGUCAGUUGGGUAUCCUCGUCAUGGUGCAAACCUUAACCGUCAUCGCGGGGUGCCCACUCAUUAAGGCAAAUAAUAAUCAUUUAUCGCGGGCUUCGAGAUCGAAAGCGCCAGAAAUGUUCGUCAUCGCGGGUUACGAAGUCAGCAUCGUUAAUCAUGCUCGUCAUCUUUUUUCACCAAAUUAGCGUCACAAACAAUGGUCGUCAUCGCGUUGUACGAAGUCAGCAGCGCGAACAAUAGGCGUCAUCGCGGGUUGCAAAGUCAGCAGUGCUAACAAACGGCGUCAUCGCGGGGAUCGAAGUCAGCGUGGAAAAUUAUGGUCGUCAUCGCAGAUUACAAAGUCAGCGGCGCAAACAAUAGUCAUCGUCGCGGAUUGCCAAAUCAGAUGCACAAGCCGUUGCCAUUAUAGCGAGGUUACCAUGUCAGCUGCGCUCAAUUACUCAAAGCGAUGCCCUUAUUGGGUCCACUGUGUAUGUGUAUGAGACGAGCAUAAGCAACAACUCCGCAAUAAGUGAAACGGACUGCCAACGAUGCCGGACUCAAGCUUCUAAUGACGGAAUACAGCACUAAGGAUAAGUUCCACCGCACUGAUUAUGAUUGUUUUGAGUGACGUUUUUUGUUUCCCUGUGAUUGGAUGUACGCGUAUAUAAAUGAAAUAUAUAAAGUACUAUAUUUGACAGUGUUACGUAAUAAUUUUAAUGGACACAGUAAAAGUAUAUAACAUAAGACAAAAAUUGUGUACACACCGUUUAACUUUAGUCAUGUAAAUAAGUGUAAAUAUUUUUUUACGUCGCUACUGAAGCGGUUGUACAUGCACUACCUUGUAUUGUUUUGUGAUUUUUAAUUGUUUCUUUAGAAUGUUUUAUUUUUCGAAAAUCCCACAAAAUCCUUUCUGUAAAUGUAAAUAUAAGUAUUUAUUACGUUGUUGUUCAUUCAGAAUAACCAUGCAAAUAAAUAGUUACGUUGGUUUAUAAAUGUGCGUUGCGUGUAAAUAAUUUAUUGAAAUGACUUUAUGCAUGUUAAUGUAAUUGGUAUUAUCUGGAUGUUACUCAAUGAAAUGAUUUUUCAAACUGACGAUAUGCUGCGACACAAUAAUUAUAGCUAUGCACAUACACAGCUGCAUUUGAACAUGUUUUUUUUUCUACAUGUAUGUAGUCCAUAUAAAAUGAUGUAACAUCUGUGAAGACCAUGUAUUAUGUUUUCGCGUUGCCGUUUUUGCCAUUGUUAUCAUGUUCAAAUGCUACCCUGUAAAUCACGUGUUAGUGUACAUUACACGAAGGUCAUCAUUUCGAAUGAUCAUAUAUACCUUGUAAAGUUGAUGAUCAACGUGCUCAUAGAUUGUAAAUGCCAUUAUAGUUACAUAGUAUUGUACGUUCAUAUUUUUUGUAUUCUUGUAUGCAAUUAUAAUCAUUGCACAUAGAAGUAUAACUUUACUCGCGUAAGUCGAUUAAUGCAAACAUAAGGAUUAAAUAAAGUGUGUAGAAACGAUCCUCAAUGUUGUCAAAUAAAACCUACUUAGUGGCUUUAGUAAUAUUAUUUUCACGCAAUACAUGUUAAAAACAAUUAUGUUAAGAUUCGUGUUGAGUUUAAGCUCAAUUUCAAUUGGUUACGCAUUUUAGUUUAAGUAGUGUCUGUAUAUAUCACAUUGCUUUAUUAUGUGUAUAUUUAGUCUAAUUUUUAAAUUCGUCGGCAUUACAUACAUGAAGACGGAACGCUGCUUAUACAAAUUUCAAGCCUUACUUUAUGGUCUAUAUAUACAAAAAGAACGUAGAUUUAGUAUCUUAUCAGUAAUUACCGACAAAAAGUUUAAUUAAUCAACGGACACAAAUAAAGAAACUUAUUGAAGUCAAAAUGGAAUUGCAUUUGUUAGAAGGCAACUAGUACGUCCACCAUAUAACUUAGUCAGUCUUAAUUUCGCGUUUGUUGAGAUAGACUUUAAAUGCAUAUUUUAAAGUACAUACAGUAUGAACUAUUGUCAUAUUAAUGUAUACAAUUAUAUUUUUGCAAAAGGUGGAUGACUUGAAGUUCAUACUAUUAUGCGAAUGUUUUUAUUUGAUUAUUGUGUAAGAUGUUUUUUUAAUAUGUCAAUAUUAUAAAUGUUAAAUCACUGUAAAUUGGAAAUAAUUAUUAAAGAAGUUUAGAAAGGAACAAGUCAGUUCGCGUUUAAAUUGUAUCAUAUGUGCUCAGUUCAUUUUCGAAUAUAUCGUAUUUUAUUUAUGUUAAAGUUAAUCAUUUCCAAUAUCGUUUAAGCGAAUGAUGUUAAAAAAUUCUAAUGCGCCAGUUUGAUUUAUUUACCGAAAAGUUAACUGAGGUUUUAAUUACAUGUGUAGAUAAAGGAAACAUUAGGUUUUUUUGUAUUGUCUAUGAUUUCGUUAGUUUUACAAUAUGUUGUGUGAAUGCAAUUUAAAUGUCAAUUAAACAUAUGUCAUUUACUGCUAAAUAAGCCAUCAGAGUUGUAUACUAUGUUCAAUAAACUUAUGCGUCCAAGAUACAUAGCAAUAAUUGAAUUGUGUUUGUAUAUAAGACAGAUAGUUACUUUGCAUUCUAUUGUUGAACAUGUUAUAAUAUGUUUUCCUAAUUUUUCAGAUAAUUUAAAUCUGAUAUGUUUUUAUCUCAAGUAUUUGCGUUUGAAGCAGAUAAUGAUACCACUCGUUGGAAUUAAACGGCUCCCAAAGUUGAAAAUAGUACAUUCGUUGACUUACGUAUAUUACCGGAACAAUGCGUGUACAUAUAAUAAUACAUGUUCAUGCAUUUUAUCAUUCUAAAAUAUUGAAAAGAAUUGAACAAAAUUGCACGUAUUUUUGUUCAGAUGCAAAUUUGGUAAAUGAAGAAAUUCCCAAAUACGCAUUUUCAGAAACAUAACAUAUCUUAUAAUUAUGUUUAUUAGUAUAUAACAGUGUAUUUAAACUAUAUUAUAGCGUAUAUUGUUUGUAAAUGCAUUGAUUUGGAGAAUAAGGACAAGCAACGUGUUUUCUAAAUGAUGAGCAUGCAUUAAAUCGUACAUUAUUUCCCUGUCUUAAAUAAGUUAAGUUUUUUCUCUGGAUUGAUUUGUAAUUAAACAAUUUAAACCAAUAUUGAAUUCAAUAGAUAGACAGAUCCAUGUGUUUAUUAUACAAACAUUGAUGUUUAAAUGUAAUGUUAGAUCCUGAAUGAAGGUUAUGUUGAAGCUUUUAUGUUUCAAUAUUAACUUGUAUGAAUUACAUGUUUGAAUAUUUCGUUAUUAUUUGAUUAUGAAAUUGGAAUGUGAAAUUUUCGUCAUUGUUGCUAUUUGAAGGUUAUAUUUUAAAUAAACUUUAUUUGCCUCGUCAGUCCGUAUGUGAAGGUCGAUGCCAUCCUACUCCAUACCUUACAAACAUUAUGUGUUAGUAUCAAUUGAAUACAGUUGUGUUAGUAUAUAGCUAAAUACUAUGCAAUUUAAUAAACAGGAUGCAAGUUUAUAAGCAGUGUACAAGGUAUGAUGUGCUUUUGAAUUUUUCAUGUUAGUGAAAACUCCUUUUUAGCUCUGGUACUGUUGGGAUUUUUCUAUAUUAUUUACAAACAAAAACAUACCUUUUUAUUUCAAGAAAUAAAAUAUUGAUGGGUGAUUUUUUUCAUAGCAAAUUUUAAAGAGCACAUCUUGGCAAGAAAUGGUGGGCAAAUUGAUGUUUUAUAUAGUUGAUAAUAUAUUGCAUGUGUUCACAUUCCCUUAAAAGAUGAGUUAAGGUUUCCUCAUAAAAGAACAUAGAUUGUCGUUUACAAUCAUUUUGUAUAACAGAGAUUUUGUACCCAAGAUGAUGUGUAUAAUUUUAGUUUGAAGCCAUUGUAUAUAUGUUUCUCUGGAGUUUAAAAAAAUAAAGUUAUGUGUAAACUUCCAAUCAAUAUUAUUAAAUAUUUCAUUCCAUUUAUUUUGGUUUUUCUUUAUUAAAUGUGUUUGUGCUAUAUUUUGAUUUAUUUUGGUUUUGCUUUAAAACAAUCACAUUCAGAUAGAAAGAGAUAAAUACUUCAGUGGUGUUUGGCUUGUUAACAGAAGCAAAACUUGAAUUUUAAUUAAAUUUGAUACAGUUCGUUUAACUCCUUCAUAGAAUAAAAAACUUAGCUCUUUUCCAGUGUAAUUUUCAAUAUCAUUUUUGGUCUUGAGCCCUCCAUAGGUACAUAAAAUGACUCUUACAUGUCUAUUUCAUUUUUCAUACAUGUUCUUUUCAUAAAAGCAAUUCAGACCACUUUAAAAGUUGUCAUUGUAAAAUAAUGGCAUGUUAAAUACAUCAUCAAAUGUACAAACCUUAAAUUUAUUAACAUAUAUGCUAUACUUAUUACUAUCUAUAAUAUUGAGCCCUCCUUCUUCAUAAGGUUUGAUAAGAACAUUGUGUAUCAUUUUUAAAGGACCGUCCCAAAUGAAGUUGUAAAAACAAUUGUGUAUUUGAUUUAAUACAUGUAAUCCUGGGCUAGGAAGAGCAAUAAAUAAAUGUGUUUAAAGGGGAGUAACAUGGAUUUAACUACAUUAAUCUUCCCUAAUGGUGAGAUAUUUCUCCUGUUCCAAAAAAUUAUGAUAUUUUGUAAUAUUGUCAAUUUGCUAGAAUAAGUAUAAUGAAUGAUUUUCUCUAGAUUGACAUCAAACAUGAUACCUAGUACUUUUACAUUGGAUGAACCACACAUUAGUUUGUAUUAAGUUGUAAUUGAGUGUGUAAUAUUUCUUCGAGCCUAUCUAUAUGAGUUUUGUUUUGUCAUAGUUAAUUUUUAGUCCAGAUUCCAGGGCAAUGGUAUGCAGUAGUUCAAGUGCAGAGAAAUUUCAGAACCGUCUAAUAAAAGUGAUGUGUCGUCUGCAAAUUGGGAUUUUUUAUAUUCAAUGUUUAUAUUGUUAUUCCUUUAAUUUGUUUUGAUUUUCGUAUUUUGAUUGCCAAUAUAUCUGUAUAUGGUAUAAAAUGUAAGAACUGAUCGGAUCGCCCGGACGGCAGCCCUUUUUCAAUUGUAAAUGAUUCUGACAGGAAUCCAUUGAUCUGAAUGGCUUACAUAGUGUUGUAUAAAAAAAAGAGAUCCAUUUUCUUAACAUUGUACCAAAAUUAAAAUGAAUUAGAGUUUUUUACGGUGAAAAAUUGAAUGCCUAUGAGUCGAUUGCCUUUUCAAAGUCCAACGUUAAUAAAUUAAUGAAAGUCCCGGGAUUUUGUUUUCUUCUGUAUACUUUAGGAUAUCAUACAAUAGUCUUGUAUUUUCACCUUCAUAUCUUCCUUUUAUUAAUCCAGUCUGAUCUUUGGAAAUUAAUUUGUCUAGUACUGUUUUAAGCCUGUUUGCAAUUGUGCCUGAAGCUAUUUUGUAUACAACAUUUAAGAGUGUUAAUGGUCUAAGAUUGUUAAAGAAGUGUCUUGGCUUAUUUUCUUUUGGUAUACAGGUGAUUAUACGUUUUUUUGAGUGAUUGAUAUAGCUCUAGAAAUAAAAGCAUAAUUAAGACUUCUUAACAUGAAAUACUUAAGGUCUGUCAAGAAAACUUUUAAAAAUUAUGUUGUGAAGCCAUCUGAACCAGGACUUUUAAAAUAUUUAAUAUUUUUCAGGGUAGUCGAGUUUUCUUCCAUUGUCAAUAUGCCUUCUAAUGCUUGAGCUUUAUCGUUAUUCAGUUUUGUACAAUGUAUCAAAUUAAGUUCCUCAAAACUAGCGUUUUCAAUUUCUUUUGUUUCACCUUUUGAGUAUAAAGUCUUAUAAUAUGUGGAAGCUUAUACUAAACUUUCUUUUUAAUCAUAUAUAUUUUGGCCAUUAUUGUUUAUAAUAUAAUGUAUUGUUUUAAUAGAUGAGUGCUGUUUUUCCAAAUUGCAAAAGCAUUUAGUGGGUUUUUCGCCUUCAUCAAUCCAUUUUGCUUUGGAUCUUAUGAAUUAUCCUUUCAUUUUGAUAUCACGGAUAUCAGAAAGUUCCUACUGCAAAAAAUGAAGUUCUUCAAUAUUGUUUUCAGUAAUAUGUUUUUCUAGAAUUUCAAAAAAAGUUAUAAUAAAAUCUACCCUGUCUUUCUUCUUUUAAGAUCUGUAUGAUAAAAAUGAGAUAGUUUUGCCCCUUAUUUCCAUUAAUAAGGUUACUAAAAAAGCUGGUCAUUUAUGGUAAACUGAAUCUCACUAUCAUCAAUCGUGUUCAACCAGUCAAUAUUAUAUACAGGCAGACACUAUUGGUUUUUGAUUUCUACAAUUUGUAUUUGCAUGCAAUCGAGAUAUUCUUGAUCAUGUAACAGCGAGUUAUUGAAUUUCCAGAGUCCUUUACUAUGGGUUGUUUCGCAGAUAUUUGAUUCUAAUGUUAUAGCUUAAUGGUCAGAUUUGUAGCUGGAUUGUAUAUCAAAUUUUCUAAUAUUUUGAACAAGAUUACUAGUGAAAAGGAAGAAAUCCAGCGUACCUUGUCGAAGAGUGUUUGGUUUUCUCCAGGUGUAUUGAUAAAUGGUUCAAUUUAUUAGUCUAAAACUGUCAAUCAAGUUUCUAUCAUGCAUUGCAGAAGAUAACAAUUCUCUAGAAUUUUUAUUAUUGUUAAGAUUUUUGUAAUGGACAUAAUCUAAUUUAGAAUCCAAUACAAGAUUAAAAUCCCCACAUUUAGUAUAGGUAUUAUUUCCUAAGUUGUCAAUGUCUGAAAGUAAUUCGUUGAAGAAAUUUGGUUUAUCAAUGAUAGGUCCAUACACGGUGCAUAGCGUGAACCUUUUGUAUCAAAUGUUAUAUUUAAAAGUAGCAAGUUCCCAGACUGGUCUUUUUAUAAUGGCAUGAACAGUUAUAUUCUUUUGAAAUAAUAUGCAGACACCUCUUGAGUUUGAGUAACCAUGGCUAAAAUAUCAUUCACCAUCCCACUGAGUAUAUAUGUGUUUUUCUAGAGAUGGAGUGAAGUGGCACUCUUGUAAACAAUAGAAAUGUGCCUUGAUUGUUUUUUUUAAAUUAUAUUCAUUAUUACGUUUUUUACAAUCAUUUAGUCCACAGCAGUUGUAAGAGAGUAUUUAAGAUCAGUCAUCAGUAAUUAAGCUCAUUAUAUCCGUUUCAUGUAUUAUACAAAAAUGUACCCAAUAAUAAAUAAACAUGAAAUAAUUACAUGCAUUUUUUACAAGAUUGUUAUGCACACGAACCAAAAAAAAUAGUUUUUUUCAGUACACUUGUGAUCUGAACAGUAUUUGUAUAGAACGUUAAACACAUGUCGAGCAAAGUACAACGCAGUUUGCUGUUUUAUGCAUGUUAUUUUUUUUAAUGUAUCGUUAGAACUGUUUUUAUAGUAGUAAUUGAUGAAUGAAAAGCUGUUUAAAUGCAUAAUCACAUGAACUGAAAUUCUCUCUUGAUUUUUAAGAGACCGUCACUCCGUCACUCCGACAGUUGUACGUAAAACUACGAAACUUCGGUCUGAAUCAAAACAAAAUUUCAGUUCUUAACCAUAACCCCGGUCUCAAAUGCCAAUAUUCCACUCGAUACACAUUAUCUUAUACCAUAAAUGCAUUUGUUAUAUAUGUAUGCAUUCCAAAUAAAUCUUUCUUUAAUAAUAUUUGUGUUAAUAUUAGUGCAAUACAAGCAAAGCACUGUAACAACCCGUUUUGCAAUUAAUUUAUUGCAAACAGGUUGGAGUGUCUUAUUGCAAUUUGAUUUUUUUACAAGAACCCGUUUUGCAAUAAACCCGUUUUGCAAUAAAUUUAUUAUACGGGUU